AUGAAAAAUGUGUAUACAAAUGAUAUUAAAACAACUUCACCUGUAUCAAUUAUUUUCGAUGGAUUUAUAUUACAAAAAUGGAUUGAACAAUCAUUAUGGAAUCAAACAAGAGCGUCAAUUGUUCGUAAUUUAAAUGAAUAUUGUAAAAAAGAUUUUCGUUGUGAUGCUGAAUAUGGAAAUGCUAAUGUUCAUUUACUUAAUGCUGUUCAAUAUGGUGCAUCGUCUAUUCGUUUAAAUAUUACAGCUGAUAAACCUAUUCUUCCUUUCAAUACAAAAAUAGGAAACUCACCAGUAUCAUAUAAUUAUACAGCACUUUUAACAGGAGCACUUCUUCGAACUAAAAUUGAUAUUGAACGUUUGCAUGAUAAAUCAUUAAUACAUUCAUCGACCUAUUCAAAUUCGAUCAGUAGUCGAACAAGUCGAUUAUUGUUCGUUCUGCUAGGUAUUUUUCUAGUUGCGGUGGUAUUUGGUUUAACUGUAUUAUUCUUUCAACGAAUUCGUCAUCAUAGUUAUAGAAAAUUACUUAAAACUCCACGUAUCUAUCAAACAACACAAGAUGAACCAUUAACUGAUUCACCAUCAACAGCUGUCUUACAUGAAUAG